GCAAAUUAGAAAGAAACAAACUAUCUGCUUGGUCGUUAGAACUAGUACCAUCUUGACAAAGAUAUGGCUUCAUUGAGGUCAUAUCUCCUGACGACCCUCCUCCUCGUAUUGAUCUUCACCGCCGCUGUUGGGGUAAGGGGCGACGACAAGGCAAAGGGCAACGGAAAAGGAAGCAGCGGCAACAAUGACAACGGAAAAGGAAAAGGUGGCGACAACAAUAACAAAGGAAAUGGAAACAAUGGCAAUGGAAAAGGAAACGGUGGUAACAACAAUAACAAGGGAAAUGAAAACAAUGACAAAGAUGAAACCAACUACGAUGUGAGAACGGGGGAUGAUGGACGAGAACAUGCAUACUGCAAAGGGAAAGGAUCAGCUUGUUACGGGAAGUCGCUUGUUUGUCCGGCUGAGUGUCCAGAGAGAAAGCCCAAGCAGAACAAGAAGAAGGGAUGCCAUGUUAACUGCGGUAGCAAGUGCGAAGUCACCUGCAAGUCUAGGACAAACAUUGCAUUAUGUCACAAUUCUAAGUGGAAGGCUCACCUAGUUAAGCUACUUAAUGUCUUUUUAACAGGGAGGAAGCCCAACUGUGAUGGAUAUGGCACUCUCUGCUACGAUCCUCGGUUUGUGGGUGGUGAUGGUGUUAUGUUCUAUUUCCAUGGAGCCAAGGGAGGAAACUUUGCUAUUGUCUCCGAUGACAACCUGCAGAUCAACGCUCAUUUCAUUGGAACCAGACCACAAGGAAGGACUAGAGACUUCACGUGGGUACAGGCCCUGGCUGUCAUGUUUGAUACUCAUACUCUUGUUGUUGCAGCAAACAAGGUCUCCCAUUGGGAUGACAGUGUUGAUGCUCUCUCUGUGAGAUGGGAUGGUGAGACAAUCAAUAUCCCCGAAGAUGAAUGGAGGAUUGAUACAGAUGGAAGGAAGGUGGUGGUUGAGAGAACCGAUGAAUGGAACAGUGUAAAGGUGACAGUUUCCGGGCUGGUGGAAUUGAACAUUAGGGUCAGGCCUAUUGGAAAAGAAGAGAACAGAGUUCACAACUACCAGUUACCUGAUGAUGAUGCUUUUGCUCACCUUGAGACACAGUUCAAGUUCAGCAACCUGAGUGAACUUGUUGAUGGAGUCCUGGGGAAGACUUACCAGCCAGGCUAUGUCAGCCCAGUAAAGAAAGGGGUGCCAAUGCCAAUUAUGGGUGGGGAGGACAAAUACCAGACUCCAUCCCUCCUCUCACCAAUCUGCAUGGGUUGCAGAUUCCAAAGGCCAUCUGAGAUUGUCAUUGCCAGGAUCUAAAGAUCUUUCCUCCAUAUCAACAACAUAACUAAUUAAGAGAAAUAAAACAGGAAUCUACAA